AUGGGUGUUGGCCGGAGGAAGCUGGGCCUGCUCUGGGCCCUGGCUCUCGCCCUGGCCUGCACCGGGCACACAGGCCACGCCCAGGAUGGCUCCUCGGAAUCCAGUUACGAGCACCACCCCGUCCUCCCUCCCGCUGCCCAGGGGCCCGGCGGGGUCCCGCUCCAAGGGGUGACCGUCUUCCCGCCUAUGAGGACCGUCCCCGUGGUAAGAGCCUCCAACCCGGCGCACAACGGGCGUGUGUGCAGCACGUGGGGUGACUUCCACUACAAGACCUUCGACGGCGACGUCUUCCGCUUCCCCGGCCUCUGCAACUACGUGCUCUCCGAGCACUGCGGCGCCGCCUACGAGGACUUCAACGUGCAGCUGCGCCGAGGCCGGGAGUCGGGCUCCCCGACGCUGAGCAGGGUCCUCAUGAAGGUGGACGGCGUGGUCAUCCAGCUCACCAAGGGCUCCGUCCUGGUCCACGGCCGCCCGGUUCAGCUGCCCUUCAGCCAGUCUGGGGUCCUCAUUCAGCAGAGCAGCAGCUACACCAAGGUGGAGGCCAGGCUGGGCCUUGUCCUCGUGUGGAACCAUGACGACAGCCUGCUGCUCGAGCUGGACACCAAAUACGCCAACAAGACCUGUGGGCUCUGCGGGGACUUCAACGGCCUGCCCGGGGUCAGCGAGCUCCUCUCCCACAACGCCAAGCUGACACCCAUGGAGUUCGGGAACCUGCAGAAGAUGGACGACCCCACGGAGCAGUGUCCCGACCCUGUCCCUGAAGCCCCGAGGAACUGCUCCACCAGCUUUGGCGUCUGCGAGGAGCUCCUGAGCAGCCGGCUGUUCUCCGACUGCACGGCCCUGGUGGACGUGGGCAGCUACCUGGAGGCCUGCAGGCAAGACCUCUGCUUCUGCGAAGGCAGCGACCCGUCGGGCUGCGUCUGCCACACCCUCGCCGAGUACUCCCGGCAGUGCGCCCAUGCGGGGGGCGCGCCCCAGGACUGGCGGGGCCCGGACCUCUGCCCCCAGAUGUGCCCCCACAACAUGCAGUACCACGAGUGCCGCUCGCCCUGCGCGGACACCUGCUCCAACCAGGAGCACUCCCGGGCCUGCGAAGACCACUGUGUGGCCGGCUGCUUCUGCCCCGAGGGGAUGGUGCUGGAUGACGUCGGCCAGACCGGGUGUGUGCCUGUGUCGCAGUGCGCUUGCGUCUACAACGGGGCCGUCUAUGCCCCGGGGGCCACCUACUCUACAGACUGUACCAACUGCACCUGCUCCGGAGGCCGGUGGAGCUGCCAGGAGGUCCCGUGCCCGGGCACCUGCUCUGUGCUUGGAGGUGCCCACUUCUCGACGUUUGACGGGAGGCACUACACAGUCCAUGGGGACUGCAGCUAUGUGCUGACCAAGCCCUGUGACAGCAGCACCUUCACCGUGCUGGCCGAGCUGCGCAGGUGCGGGCUGACAGACAGCGAGACCUGCCUGAAGAGCGUGACGCUGAGCCUGGAUGGAGCGCGGACGGUGGUGGUCAUCAAGGCCAGCGGGGAAGUGUUCCUGAACCAGAUCUACACCCAGCUGCCCAUCUCUGCAGCCAACAUCACCAUCUUCAGACCCUCGACCUUCUUCAUCAUCGCCCAGACCAGCCUGGGGCUGCAGCUGGACCUGCAGCUGGUGCCCACCAUGCAGCUCUUCGUGCGGCUGGCACCCGAGCUCCGCGGGCGGACCUGCGGUCUCUGCGGGAACUUCAACAGCAUCCAGGCCGAUGACUUCCUGACCCUCAGUGGGGUGGUGGAGGCCACGGCCGCGGCCUUCUUCAACACCUUCAAGACCCAGGCCGCCUGCCCCAACGUCAGGAACAGCUUUGAGGACCCCUGCUCCCUGAGCGUGGAGAACGAGAAGUACGCUCAGCACUGGUGCUCACAGCUGACCGACACUGAUGGCCCCUUCAGCCACUGCCACGCGGCUGUGAACCCAGCCACCUACUACUCGAACUGCAUGUUUGACACCUGCAACUGUGAGCGCAGCGAGGACUGCCUGUGUGCCGCCCUGUCCUCCUACGUGCACGCCUGCGCCGCCAAGGGCGUGCGGCUCAGCGGCUGGAGGGACGGCGUCUGCUAGUGACCCACGACCACCUGCCCCAAGUCGAUGACCUACCACUACCACGUCAGCACCUGCCAGCCCACCUGCCGCUCCCUGAGUGAAGGGGACGUCACCUGCAGUGUGGACUUUGUCCCCGUGGAUGGCUGCGUCUGUCCUGAGGGCACCUUCCUGGAUGACACAGGAAAGUGUGUGCCGGCCACCAGCUGUCCCUGCUACCACCGCGGCUCCGUCAUCCCCAGCGGGGAGUCAGUGCACGACAGCGGGGCCAUCUGCACCUGCACGCAUGGGCAGCUGAGCUGUAUUGGAGGCCAAGCCCCCGUGCCAGUGUGUGCAGCGCCCAUGGUGUUCUUUGACUGCCGAAAUGCCACGCCGGGAGACACCGGGGCUGGCUGUCAGAAGAGCUGCCACACCCUGGACAUGACCUGUUACAGCCCCCAGUGUGUGCCCGGCUGCGUGUGCCCCGACGGGCUGGUGGCGGACGGCGAGGGCGGCUGCAUUGCUGCGGAGGACUGCCCCUGUGUGCACAACGAGGCCAGCUACCGGGCCGGCCAGACCAUCCGAGUGGGCUGCAAUACCUGCACCUGUGAAAGCAGGAUGUGGCGGUGCACAGACGACCCCUGCCUGGCCACCUGCGCUGUGUACGGGGACGGCCACUACCUGACCUUCGACGGGCAGAGCUACAGCUUCAACGGAGACUGCGAGUACACGCUGCUGCAGAACGACUGUGGCGGGAACAGCAGCGCCCAGGACUCCUUCCGCAUCGUCACGGAGAACGUCCCCUGCGGCACCACAGGGACCACCUGCUCCAAGGCCAUCAAGAUCUUCCUGGGGGGCUCCGAGCUGAAGCUGAGCCACGGGAAGGUGGAGGUGAUCGGGACGGACGAAGGGCAGGAGGUGCCGUACGCCAUCCGGCAGAUGGGCAUCUACCUGGUGGUGGACACCGACGUCGGGCUGGUGCUGCUGUGGGACAAGAAGACCAGCAUCUUCAUCAGCCUCAGCCCCGAGUUCAAGGGCAGGGUCUGCGGCCUGUGCGGGAACUUCGACGGCAACGCCAUCAACGACUUCACCACGCGGAGCCGGUCCGUGGUGGGGGACUCGCUGGAGUUCGGGAACAGCUGGAAGCUCUCCCCGUCCUGCCCGGACGCCAUGGCGCCCAAGGACCCCUGCACGGCCAACCCUUUCCGCAAGUCCUGGGCCCAGAAGCAGUGCAGCAUCCUCCACGGCCCCACCUUCGCCGCCUGCCACGCACACGUGGAGCCGGCCAGGUACUACGAGGCCUGCGUGAACGACGCGUGCGCCUGCGACUCGGGGGGCGACUGUGAGUGCUUCUGCACGGCUGUGGCCGCCUACGCCCAGGCCUGCCACGAAGUGGGGCUGUGCGUGUCCUGGAGGACCCCCAGCAUCUGCCCUCUGUUCUGCGACUACUACAACCCUGAGGGCCAGUGCGAGUGGCACUACCAGCCCUGCGGGGCGCCCUGCCUGCGGACCUGCCAGAACCCCCGCGGAGACUGCCUGCAGGGCCUCCGGGGCCUGGAAGGCUGCUACCCCAAGUGCCCUCCAGAGGCUCCCAUCUUUGAUGAGGAGCAGAUGCAGUGUGUGGCCAGGUGCCCCUACCCGCCCCCGUCCCCACCCUGCCGCGUACACGGCAAGUCCUACCGGCCCGGCAUGGCGGUGCCCUCGGACAAGAACUGCCAUUCCUGCCUCUGCACCGAGCGUGGCGUGCAGUGCACCUACGAUGCCAAAGCCUGUGUCUGCAGCUACGGCGGGCAGCACUUCCGGCCCGGGGAUGUCAUCUACCACACCACGGAUGGCAUGGGUGGCUGCAUCUCCGCCCGCUGCGGGGACAACGGCACCAUCGAGAGGAGGGUCUACCCCUGCAGCCCCCCAACCCCCGCGCCCACAACCACCUUCUCCUUCUCCACACCUCCGCUCGUCGUGAGCUCCACGCCUGUCCCCAGCACCAGCCCAGGUGAGGCGCGCACGGGCCCCGCCAGCAGCGCCUCGUCCCCCACAGCGGGCACUUCUCCCAGGCCGAGGCCGUCCACAGCGUCCGCCUCGCCGCAGCCGGCCUGCGGGGAAGAGUGCCUGUGGUCGCCGUGGCUGGACAUCAGCCGUCCUGGACGGGGCGUGGACAGCGGUGACUUUGACACGCUGGAGAACCUCCGCGCUCAUGGGUACCCGGUGUGCACGGCGCCCAGGUCGGUGGAGUGCCGGGCAGAGGACGCACCUGGGGUGCCGCUCCGAGCCCUGGGUCAGCAUGUGCUGUGCAGCCCGGGCGUGGGGCUGAUCUGCCGUAACAGGGAGCAGGCGUCCGGGCUCUGCUACAACUACCAGGUCCGUGUGUUGUGCUGCACGCCCCUCACCUGCUCCACCGCGGGCACAGCCCCGACCACCCCUCCAGCAACCUCCAAGACCACCGAGACCUGGGCCUCAGCCUCCUCCGCCCCCAGCAGCACACCUGGCCCCGGGGAGCUUCCUACAGCCAGGAGAACAGCCGGCCCGGGCCCCAGCACAGCCUCUGCUCCGACAACCCACAGUACCAGGACAACACCCGCCCCAGGCCCUGCUACGUCUGUUGAAACACCUGUCUCAACUCCCAGCCCUAUGUCAGGGCCGGCCACGACGUCGUCCAUGCCGACCACAGCCCCGGGGACCGCAGGGGUCUCCAGCGGGACCGCCCCUCCUGAGCCCAGCACGGUCUCCUGCCGGCAGGAGUUCUGCACCUGGACGGACUGGAUUGACGGCAGCUACCCGGGUUCCAGCAGAGAUAGCGGAGAUUUUGACACAUUUCAGAAUCUGAGAGCCGAAGGAUACAGGUUCUGUGAACAUCCUCGAGCAGUGGAGUGCCGGGCGGAGAGCCUCCCCGACACGCCGCUGGCAGAGCUGGGGCAGGAUGUCACCUGCAGCCCAACGGAGGGCCUGAUUUGCCUCAACAAGAACCAGCUCCCGCCCAUCUGCUACAACUACCAGAUCCGCAUCCAGUGCUGCGAGACGGUGGACGUGUGCAGAGACGUCACCAGAACGCCCAAGACGGGCACCACCACACGGACGACCCCACGCCGAACCAGCACCGAGAGCCGGGCCACCUCCACCGCACACCGGCCCUGGGCCUCCACACCACACCCCACAGCCUCCUCCACAGCCGCGUCCACGGCAACCAGCGUCACGCACGGCACCCACACCCGACCUGUCACCAGAGACUGUCAGCCCCGCUGCAGCUGGACCAAGUGGUUCGACGUGGACUUCCCGUCACCCGGGCCCCACGGGGGAGACCAGGAGACCUACAGCAACAUCAUCCGGAGCGGGGAGAGAAUCUGCCGCCGGCCUGAGGCCAUCACCAGGCUCCAGUGCCGAGCCGAGAGCCACCCGGACGUGAGCAUCGAGCACCUGGGCCAGGUGGUGCAGUGCAGUCGCGAGGAGGGCCUGGUGUGCCGGAACCAGGACCAGCAGGGGCCCUUCCAGAUGUGCCUCAACUACCAGGUGCGCGUGCUCUGCUGCGAGACCCCCAAAGGCUGCCCCGAGAUCACACCACCCAGCACGACCUCAGCUCCUACGACCAGCACAACCUCUGGUCCUGGAACUAGUCCCAGCCCUGUUCCCACCACCAGCACGACCUCUGCUCCACAGACCAGCACGACCUCUGCUCCUACAACCCACAGUACCAGGAGAACACCCGGCCCAGGCCACAGCACAGCCUCUGCUCCGACAACCCGCACCACCAGGACAACACCCGCCCCAGGCCCUGCUACGUCUGUCGAAACACCUGUCUCAACUCCCAGCCCUUCGUCAGGGCCAGCCACGUCGUCCAUGCCGACCACAGCCCCGGGGACCGCAGGGGUCUCCAGCGGGACCGCCCCUCCUGAGCCCAGCACGGUCUCCUGCCGGCAGGAGUUCUGCACCUGGACGGACUGGAUUGACGGCAGCUACCCGGGUUCCAGCAGAGAUAGCGGAGAUUUUGACACAUUUCAGAAUCUGAGAGCCGAAGGAUACAGGUUCUGUGAACAUCCUCGAGCAGUGGAGUGCCGGGCGGAGAGCCUCCCCGACACGCCGCUGGCAGAGCUGGGGCAGGACGUCACCUGCAGCCCCACGGAGGGCCUGAUUUGCCUCAACAAGAACCAGCUCCCGCCCAUCUGCUACAACUACCAGAUCCGCAUCCAGUGCUGCGAGACGGUGGACGUGUGCAGAGACGUCACCAGAACGCCCAAGACGGGCACCACCACACGGACGACCCCACGCCGAACCAGCACCGAGACCCGGGCCACCUCCACCACACACCGGCCCUGGGCCUCCACACCACACCCCACAGCCUCCUCCACAGCCGCGUCCACGGCAACCAGCGUCACGCACGGCACCCACACCCGACCUGUCACCAGAGACUGUCAGCCCCGCUGCAGCUGGACCAAGUGGUUCGACGUGGACUUCCCGUCACCCGGGCCCCACGGGGGAGACCAGGAGACCUACAGCAACAUCAUCCGGAGCGGGGAGAGAAUCUGCCGCCGGCCUGAGGCCAUCACCAGGCUCCAGUGCCGAGCCGAGAGCCACCCGGACGUGAGCAUCGAGCACCUGGGCCAGGUGGUGAAGUGCAGCCGUGAGGAGGGCCUGGUGUGCCGGAACCAGGACCAGCAGGGGCCCUUCCAGAUGUGCCUCAACUACCAGGUGCGCGUGCUCUGCUGCGAGACCCCCAAAGGCUGCCCCGAGAUCACACCAGUCACAGCUCCUGGCACCCCAAGUGAGAAAGCCACUAGCCCAACACACAGCACCUCCUCUUGGCACAAAUCCAGAACAACCACGUUGGUGACAGCCAGCACAACGUCCACUGCACAGCCCAGCACGACCUCAGCUCCUACGACCAGCACAACCUCUGGUCCUGGAACUAGUUCCAGCCCAGUUCCCACCACCAGCACGACCUCUGCUCCACAGACCAGCACAAGCUCAGCUCCUACAACCACCACGACCUCUGGUCCUGGAACGACUCCCAGCCCUGUUCCCAUAACUAGCACAACCUCAGCCCCUACGACCAGCGCAACCUCUGGUCCUGGAACGACUCCCAGCCCAGUUCCCAGGAGCACAACCUCAGCUCCUACGACCACCACGACCUCUGGUCCUGGAACGACUCCCAGCCCUGUUCCCACCACCAGCAAGACCUCUCCCCCUACAACCAGCAGGACCUCAGCUCCCAUCACCAGCACAACCUCUGUUUCCAAGCCCAGCACAAUCCAUGUUUCCGUCCCAACACACAGCACCUCCUCUUGGCACAAAUCCAGAACAACCACGUUGGUGACAGCCAGCACAACGUCCACUGCACAGCCCAGCACGACCUCAGCUCCUACGACCAGCACAACCUCUGGUCCUGGAACUAGUUCCAGCCCAGUUCCCACCACCAGCACGACCUCUGCUCCACAGACCAGCACAAGCUCAGCUCCUACAACCACCACGACCUCUGGUCCUGGAACGACUCCCAGCCCUGUUCCCAUAACUAGCACAACCUCAGCCCCUACGACCAGCGCAACCUCUGGUCCUGGAACGACUCCCAGCCCAGUUCCCACCAGGAGCACAACCUCAGCUCCUACGACCACCAUGACCUCUGGUCCUGGAACGACUCCGAGCCCUGUUCCCACCACCAGCAAGACCUCUCCCCCUACAACCAGCAGGACCUCAGCUCCCAUCACCAGCACAACCUCUGUUUCCAAGCCCAGCACAAGCCAUGUUUCCGUGUCCACAACGCACACCCGACCAGUCACCAGAGACUGUCAGCCCCGCUGCAGCUGGACCAAGUGGUUUGACGUGGACUUCCCGUCCCCCGGGCCCCACGGGGGAGACCAGGAGACCUAUAGCAACAUCAUCCGGAGCGGGGAGAGAAUCUGCCGCCGGCCUGAGGCCAUCACCAGGCUCCAGUGCCGAGCCGAGAGCCACCCGGACGUGAGCAUCGAGCACCUGGGCCAGGUGGUGAAAUGCAGCCGCGAGGAGGGCCUGGUGUGCCGGAACCAGGACCAGCAGGGGCCCUUCCAGAUGUGCCUCAACUACCAGGUGCGCGUGCUCUGCUGCGAGACCCCCAAAGGCUGCCCCGAGAUCACACCAAUCACAGUUCCUGGCACCCCAAGUGAGAGAGCCACCAGCCCAACACACAGCACCUCCUCUUGGCACAAAUCCAGGACGACCACACUGGUGACAGCCAGCACAACCUCCACUGCACAGCCCAGCACGACCUCAGCUCCACAGACCAGCACAACCUCUGGUCCUGGAACUAGUCCCAGCCCUGUUCCCACCACCAGCACGACCUCUGCUCCACAGACCAGCACAAGCUCAGCUCCUAUGACCACCACGACCUCUGGUCCUGGAACGACUCCCAGCCCUGUUCCCACCACCAGCAAGACCUCUCCCCCUACAACCAGCACGACCUCAGCUCCCAUCACCAGCACAACCUCUGUUUCCAAGCCCAGCACGAGCCAUGUUUCCGUGUCCACCACAACGCACACCCGACCAGUCACCAGAGACUGUCAGCCCCGCUGCAGCUGGACCAAGUGGUUCGACGUGGACUUCCCGUCACCCGGGCCCCACGGGGGAGACCAGGAGACCUACAGCAACAUCAUCCGGAGCGGGGAGAGAAUCUGCCGCCGGCCUGAGGCCAUCACCAGGCUCCAGUGCCGAGCCGAGAGCCACCCGGACGUGAGCAUCGAGCACCUGGGCCAGGUGGUGCAGUGCAGCCACGAGGAGGGCCUGGUGUGCCGGAACCAGGACCAGCAGGGGCCCUUCCAGAUGUGCCUCAACUACCAGGUGCGCAUGCUCUGCUGCGAGACCCCCAAAGGCUGCCCCGAGAUCACACCAGUCACAGCUCCUGGCACCCCAAGUGAGAAAGCCACUAGCCCAACACACAGCACCUCCUCUUGGCACAAAUCCAGGACAACCACGUUGGUGACAGCCAGCACAGCCUCCACUGCACAGCCCAGCACGACCUCAGCUCCUACGACCAGCACAACCUCUGGUCCUGGAACUAGUUCCAGCCCAGUUCCCACCACCAGCACGACCUCUGCUCCACAGACCAGCACAAGCUCAGCUCCUACAACCACCACGACCUCUGGUCCUGGAACGACUCCCAGCCCUGUUCCCAUAACUAGCACAACCGCAGCUCCUACGACCACCGCGACCUCUGGUCCUAGAAAGACUCCCAGCCCUGUUCCCAUAACUAGCACAACCUCAGCCCCUACGACCAGCGCAACCUCUGGUCCUGGAACGACUCCCAGCCCAGUUCCCACCAGGAGCACAACCUCAGCUCCUACGACCACCAUGACCUCUGGUCCUGGAACGACUCCGAGCCCUGUUCCCACCACCAGCAAGACCUCUCCCCCUACAACCAGCAGGACCUCAGCUCCCAUCACCAGCACAACCUCUGUUUCCAAGCCCAGCACAAGCCAUGUUUCCGUGUCCACAACGCACACCCGACCAGUCACCAGAGACUGUCAGCCCCGCUGCAGCUGGACCAAGUGGUUUGACGUGGACUUCCCGUCCCCCGGGCCCCACGGGGGAGACCAGGAGACCUAUAGCAACAUCAUCCGGAGCGGGGAGAGAAUCUGCCGCCGGCCUGAGGCCAUCACCAGGCUCCAGUGCCGAGCCGAGAGCCACCCGGACGUGAGCAUCGAGCACCUGGGCCAGGUGGUGCAGUGCAGCCACGAGGAGGGCCUGGUGUGCCGGAACCAGGACCAGCAGGGGCCCUUCCAGAUGUGCCUCAACUACCAGGUGCGCAUGCUCUGCUGCGAGACCCCCAAAGGCUGCCCCGAGAUCACACCAGUCACAGCUCCUGGCACCCCAAGUGAGAAAGCCACUAGCCCAACACACAGCACCUCCUCUUGGCACAAAUCCAGGACAACCACGUUGGUGACAGCCAGCACAACCUCCACUGCACAGCCCAGCACGACCUCAGCUCCACAGACCAGCACAACCUCUGGUCCUGGAACUAGUCCCAGCCCUGUUCCCACCACCAGCACGACCUCUGCUCCACAGACCAGCACAAGCUCAGCUCCUACAACCACCACGACCUCUGGUCCUGGAACGACUCCCAGCCCUGUUCCCAUAACUAGCACAACCUCAGCCCCUACGACCAGCGCAACCUCUGGUCCUGGAACGACUCCCAGCCCAGUUCCCACCAGGAGCACAACCUCAGCUCCUACGACCACCACGACCUCUGGUCCUGGAACGACUCCCAGCCCUGUUCCCACCACCAGCAAGACCUCUCCCCCUACAACCAGCAGGACCUCAGCUCCCAUCACCAGCACAACCUCUGUUUCCAAGCCCAGCACAAUCCAUGUUUCCGUGUCCACCACGACGCACACCCGACCAGUCACCAGAGACUGUCAGCCCCGCUGCAGCUGGACCAAGUGGUUCGACGUGGACUUCCCGUCCCCCGGGCCCCACGGGGGAGACCAGGAGACCUACAGCAACAUCAUCCGGAGCGGGGAGAGAAUCUGCCGCCGGCCUGAGGCCAUCACCAGGCUCCAGUGCCGAGCCGAGAGCCACCCGGACGUGAGCAUCGAGCACCUGGGCCAGGUGGUGCAGUGCAGCCACGAGGAGGGCCUGGUGUGCCGGAACCAGGACCAGCAGGGGCCCUUCCAGAUGUGCCUCAACUACCAGGUGCGCGUGCUCUGCUGUGAGACCCCCAAAGGUUGCCCCGAGAUCAUACCAGUCACAGUUCCUGGCACCCCAAGUGAGAGAGCCACCAACCCAACACACAGCACCUCCUCUUGGCACAAAUCCAGGACGACCACACUGGUGACAGCCAGCACAACCUCCACUGCACAGCCCAGCACGACCUCAGCUCCACAGACCAGCACAACCUCUGGUCCUGGAACUAGUCCCAGCCCUGUUCCCACCACCAGCACGACCUCUGCUCCACAGACCAGCACAAGCUCAGCUCCUACAACCACCACGACCUCUGGUCCUGGAACGACUCCCAGCCCUGUUCCCAUAACUAGCACAACCUCAGCUCCUACGACCACCGCGACCUCUGGUCCUAGAAAGACUCCCAGCCCAGUUCCCAUAACUAGCACAAGCUCAGCUCCUACGACCACCACGACCUCUGGUUCUGGAACGACUCCCAGCCCUGUUCCCACCACCAGCAAGACCUCUCCCCCUACAACCAGCACGACCUCAGCUCCCAUCACCAGCACAACCUCUGUUUCCAAGCCUAGCACGAGCCAUGUUUCCGUGUCCACCAGAACGCACACCCGACCAGUCACCAGAGACUGUCAGCCCCGCUGCAGCUGGACCAAGUGGUUCGACGUGGACUUCCCGUCCCCUGGGCCCCACGGGGGAGACCAGGAGACCUACAGCAACAUCAUCCGGAGCGGGGAGAGAAUCUGCCGCCGGCCUGAGGCCAUCACCAGGCUCCAGUGCCGAGCCGAGAGCCACCCGGACGUGAGCAUCGAGCACCUGGGCCAGGUGGUGCAGUGCAGCCACGAGGAGGGCCUGGUGUGCCGGAACCAGGACCAGCAGGGGCCCUUCCAGAUGUGCCUCAACUACCAGGUGCGCGUGCUCUGCUGUGAGACCCCCAAAGGCUGCCCAGUGACCUCCGUUUCUCCCUAUGGGACUUCUACCACAACCGCACAUCCUUCUCCGUCCACCUUCGUGCCAUCCACCUUCGUGGCAUUCACCUCCGUGGCAUCCACCUCUGUGGCACCAAGCUCUGUGGCUUACACCACCCCAACCUGUUUCUGCAACGUGGCUGACCAGCUGUACCCUGCGGGGUCCACCAUAUACCGCCACAGAGACCUCGCCGGCCACUGCUACUAUGCCCUGUGCAGCCGGGACUGCCAAGUGGUCAGAGAGGUCGACAGUGACUGCCCGUCCACCACGCUGCCUCCUGCCCCAGCCACGUCUCCUUCCACAGCCACCUCUGAGUUCGUCACCGAGCUGGGAUGCCCAAAUGCAGUGCCCCCCAGAAAGAAAGGGGAGACCUGGCCCAUGCCCGGCUGCUCUGAGGCCACCUGCGAGGGCCACAACGUCAUCUCUCUGCGCCCGCGCACGUGCCCGAGGGUGGAGAAACCCACCUGUGCCAACGGCUACCCGGCCCUGAAGGUGGCUGAGCAGGACGGCUGCUGCCAGCACUACCAGUGCCAGUGUGUGUGCAGCGGCUGGGGUGACCCGCACUACGUCACCUUCGACGGCACCUACUACACCUUCCUGGACAACUGCACCUACGUGCUGGUGCAGCAGAUCGUGCCCGUGUUCGGCCACUUCCGCGUCCUCAUCGACAACUAUUUCUGCAACGCGGAGGACGGGCUCUCCUGCCCGAGGUCCAUCAUCCUCGAGUACCGGCAGGACCGCGUGGUGCUGACCCGCAGGCCAGUCCGCGGGGUGAUGACCAACGAGAUCAUCUUCAACAACAAGGUGGUCAGCCCCGGCUUCCAGAAAGACGGCAUCGUGGUCUCCCGCGUGGGCAUCAAGAUGUACGCGGCCAUCCCGGAGCUGGGCGUGCGGAUCAUGUUCUCCGGCGUCAUCUUCUCCGUGGAGGUGCCCUUCAGCACGUUUGCCAACAACACCGAGGGCCAGUGCGGCACGUGUACCAACGACCGUAAGGACGAGUGCCGCGUGCCAGGAGGACGAGUGGUCGCUUCCUGCUCGGAGAUGUCCGGCCUCUGGAACGUGAGCGACCCCGGCCAGCCGGCCUGCCACAGUCCCCGCCCCGCACCCACCCCCGUCGGGCUCACCACCGCCGGACCCACCACGUUCAGGCCCACCACCCCACCUGCUCCGUGCCCUCCGGCACCCAUCUGCCAGCUCAUUCUGAGCAAGGUCUUCGAGCCGUGCCACACUGUGGUCCCCCCUCUGCCCUUCUACGAGGGCUGUGCCUUCGACCAGUGCCACAUGACCGACCAGGACGUGGUGUGCUCCAGCCUGGAGCUGUACGCGGCGCUCUGCGCGUCCCAGGGCGUCUGUGUCGACUGGAGAGGCCACACCAACCACACGUGCCCGUUCACCUGCCCGGCCGACACUGUGUACCUGCCCUGCGGCCCGACCAGCCCCUCCUACUGCUAUGGGAACGACACUGCUGGCCUUGGAGCUCUGCAGGAGGCCGGCCCCAUCACUGAAGGCUGCUUCUGCCCGGAGGGCAUGAUCCUCUUCAGCACCAGUGCCCAAGUCUGCGUGCCCACAGGCUGCCCCCGGUGUCUGGGGCCCCACGGAGAGCCGGUGGAGGUGGGCCACACCAUCAGCAUGGACUGCCAGGAGUGCACGUGCGAGGCAGCCACCUGGACGCUGACCUGCCGGCCCAAGCCCUGCCCGCCACCCCCUGCCUGCCCCCUGCCCGGCUUUGUGCCUGUGCCCUCGGCCCCGCAGGCCAGCCAGUGCUGCCCCCAGUACAGCUGCGCCUGCAACUCCAGCCACUGCCCCGUGCCCGUGGGCUGUCCCGAGGGCGCCCGCGAGAUCCUGACCCACGAGGAGGGAGCCUGCUGCCCGGUCCAAAACUGCAGCUGGACAGUGUGCAGCAUCAACGGGACCCUGUACCAGCCCGGCGCUGUGGUCUCCUCGAGCCUGUGCGAAACCUGCAGGUGUGAGCUGCCCGGCGGCCCCCUGUCCGAGUCGUUUGUAGUCAGUUGUGAGACCCAGAUCUGCAACACACACUGCCCCGUGGGCUUCGAGUAUCGGGAGCAGCAUGGGCAGUGCUGUGGCACCUGCGUUCAGGUCGCCUGUGUCACCAACACCAGCGAGAGCCUCACCCACCUCUUCUACCCCGGCGAGACCUGGUCAGACCCUGGGAACCACUGUGUGACCCACGAGUGUGAGAAGCACCGGGACGGGCUUGUGGUGGUCACCACGAAGAAGGCAUGCCCCCCACUCAGCUGUUCUCUGGACGAGGCCCGAAUGAGUGAGGACGCCUGCUGCCUCUUCUGCCCGCCGCCCCUGCCCCAGAACCAGUCCACCUGUGCCGUGCAUUAUCGGAGCCAGACCAUCCGGCAGCAGGGCUGCCGAUCCGAAGGGCCCGUGCGCCUGGCCUACUGCCGGGGCAACUGCGGGGACAGCUCCUCCAUGUACUCGCUCCAGGCCAACGUGCUGGAGCAUCGGUGCCGGUGCUGCCGGGAGCUGCGGACCUCGCCGAGGAACGUGACCCUGCACUGCGCUGACGGCUCCCGCCGGGUCUUCCGCUACACGGAGGUGGAAGAGUGCGGCUGCACGGGCCAGCGGUGCCCUGCGCCGGGCGACACCCAGCACUCGGAGGAGGUGGAACCCGAGCAGAGCCAGGAGGCGGAGAGCGGGAGCCGGGAGAGAGGGGCCCCGGCGUCCUCCGUCAACUGACCGGUACCGCCGUCCUCCCGACCCCCGAGAAGAACCGCCUGAGUGUCCACCCAGCUCGACUUCCAAAGCCAGUAGAACCCGUGCCCUCCUCCAGGCGGCUGCAGCUUCGGAAGCACUGUCCACGCCUGCUCUCAUGGAGGGUGUGGGCUGCGGUCACCACUGGCUGGCGGAGGGGCCCCUUCCCACCUGCAGCCACUGCUCAGGACCAGCCCAGGGCCGGUGGAUGCCUCUGGCCACGCGUCCAGCCCGCUGUUCUCAGGACUUGAGCAUCACCCGAGGGCAUCGGGAAUGAUGCUUGGACAUGGUGGUCAGCUGCCUGCUGGCUGCAGGAGGAAGAGCCUCACUCCUACCUCAGCCCUUGGCCUGCACCCCUCCUCAGGACAUGGCCAGUCGGCUGCAUAAAUACACUCCAGCAUUUUGCAA